CUUAGCACUGCUGUCUACUUCUGGCUCAGUUCCCCCCUUUCCACAGACGCAUACUUCAUGUCCCAGUGUCUGUCAACAUACAGGUUCAUGUCAGCACAAUAAAAGUUAUGUUUUUAACAUCUUAGAAGAGUUUAUUUAAGACUCUGAGCAUAAGGUACAUAAGAAACUUCACCUAGUUUUUGACUGCGGUGUUUCCUGUUGCUAACCAUGAGGCAAGUGAUAGCAGCUGGACUGAUGCUUGCGUCUGUCUUAAGCCAGAUUGAGGGGAAGAAAUUCCGCUGGUGUGUCUUAUCUGACAAGGAACAGAGGAAGUGUGCCGAAUUCUCUAAAGCACUUUUUGCAGUUUUAACUCCAGCAGCACAAAGGUCUUAUGGUAAAGUAUCCUGUGUGAAGGCCUACAGCACUCUAGACUGCAUCAAUAAGAUCCGGGCAAACUUAGCCGAUGCUAUCUCUGUCGAUGCUGGAGAUGUUUAUACAGCAACCAAGUCAUAUGGUCUGACUGUUGUGGCGAAGGAGAUUUAUCCAAAUGGUGCCUGUAUCUUUGCUGUUGCAGCUGUUAAGGACAAGACCAUCAAUAUCAGAAAGCUAAAAGGACUCCGCAGUUGCCAUGGUGGUGUUCGUCGAACAGCAGGGUGGAAUCUUCCUCUCGGUUUUCUCCUCUUUAGAAAUUACCUUCCCUGGAAAGAGGACCAGUCUUUAAAUGAAGCUAUAAAUGAUUAUUUCAGUGCCAGCUGCAUUCCUGGAAUUGGGGCGACUCUUCCAAAGCUAUGUUCACUCUGUAAAGGAGAGAAGUCCUAUGUCAUGAGCAAAAACCACUUCUGUGAAACUACAGACAAUGAGCCGUAUUUUGAUUCUGAAGGUGCAUUCAGCUGCCUGAGGAAUGGUGAUGCAGAUGUGGCAUUUCUUGAUCACAUGGCAAUCAACAAUGUUACAGAUGAAAGCUACAUGUUACUUUGUCCAGACGGUUCACAGGCUCCACUGACUGACUUCAGAAACUGCAACCUUGGACAGGGACCAGGUCAUGCUAUAGUAACAAGGCACACGUUUCGAAGAAUUGCUUUAAAGUUCCUAACAGUUAGCCAGAAUCUCUUUGGGCGGCAAGGUACAGAACUGCAACGCUUCAACCUAUUUGAUUCGGCUGCCUACAAUGGCAAGAAUGUAUUGUUUCGAGAUGCAACUCAGAAGCUUCUUCUCCUAGCAGAUGAAGUCGACGUAAAUCAGAUUCUGGGGCUGGAUUACGUUGCCCUAAUGAAAGGUCUUGGACAUGAAGGAAGCUCACUGGACAACAGUGUUGUACGCUGGUGCUGUAUUAGUGCGGCUGAGCUGCGAAAGUGUGAGGACUGGGCAUUGAGGAUCAAGUCUGAUCCCCUGGUGUGUGUUCGAGGGGUGUCAGCAACAGAGUGCAUUCAAAAGAUCAAGAGAGAUGAAGCUGAUGCGAUGUCACUGGAUGCGAGUCAUGCCUUUAUCGCUGGCAAGUGUGGCCUUGUUGCUGUAGCAGCAGAAUAUUAUGGAGAAAACUGCAGUGCGAUUGCAGCAGCGGGUGAAGCGGCAACCCAGUUCCAAGAUAAAGAGCUAGAACCAGUGUAUGCUGUUGUUGUUGCAAAGAAAGCCAGUAGGAAUGUAAACAUCCACAAUAUGGCUGGUCGGCGUUCUUGUCACAGCUAUCUGUACAGCCCGGCGGGGUGGCUACUUCUUGCCAGAUACACAAUUGGGGAUGACAGGAAUGACAGCUGUGACUUCAAUCAAGGGUACCACAGUUACUUCUGGAAGAGCUGCAUGCCAGGUUCUGAUGGUAACCUCUGCAAAGUCUGCAUUGGAGGUGAAGAUGAAGGUAGUAAGGCCACUAAAAGAUGCACACCCAAUCAUAAUGAACGUUACUAUGGCAACAUGGGAUCCCUUAGGUGCCUAGUUGGUGAUGUAGAGGGGAAGAGCUUUGGUGACGUGGCAUUUAUGGAGCAUUAUUCCCUGCUGCAAAACAUUGAAAAUCUAAAACUCACUGGCUGGGCAAGUGACUGGAAUCCCUCUGAUUUUGAGCUUCUGUGUCCUGAUGGAAGCCGGGUGCCUCACACAGAAUGGAAGGAUUGUAAUCUUGGGGCUGUUCCUCCAAAUAUUAUCAUGACUCGUCCUGUAAUCACUACAAAAAUCUAUGACUUCCUCAUUAAAUCUCAGGAAACAUUGCAGUUGCAUUCAGACUCAGAGUUCCAGCUAUUCCAGUCUAGACGAUAUGGAGAGAGUGAUUUACUUUUCAAGGAUGCAACAACAUGCUUGGUUCCUGCUAUCCAUUUGGGUUACAAAGCAAUAUUAGGAGAAACGUUCAUGAAGAUGGCAGAAGUGGCCUUUAACUGCACAAAUUCAGAUAUCCUUCGGUUCUGUAACCAGGAUACCUGCAAUUCUCGCUAAUAUAUGGACAAGCUGAAUGAGCAAACACCAUACCAACUUUCAUGUGUUGAGUCUACAAUCCAAGACUGCUGCUGGACAAAAUGAAACAUUUGCUAAACUGCUGCUGAACAAAAUGAAACAUUUGCUAAACUUCAGCCCUCAAACGUUAGCUUGCUUGCAGAAAAUGCACAGAUGUCCAUUAAAAUCCAUUUAUUUUCCAAA